UUCUCCACUUAUUUCUCUUUCAAACUCUCUCAAUGAUGUGGGGUUCUACUCGUGGCUCUACUUUGCCUCACUUCCUCCUAUGCUUUCCUCUAUUUUCGCUCCAACUUUCUUUUGCAAUGAUGUUCGGAGCAAGCCACUUGCCUAUCUUCAAGUCCUUAAAACAUUGAAUUCAUAGGUUUCUAUAUUGGACUUACAUUGUUCCGUUAGUUAUCAUCAUGGAUGCAGGACUCAACAUUAGGAAAAACCUCGGGACAUUAUUUUCAAGUGCUGUGAAGGAUGCCUUUCCAAGUAUCAAAGACCCACUUAUUGUCAUAGCUCCUUCGUCAGGGAAAUUCCCAUCUGAUUACCAGUGCAACUCAGCUCUAUCAAUCAACGCUCAAUUGAAAACUGAAGGCAUUAAAACGAAUCCCAGAGAUGUUGCCCUAAAAAUCAUCGAAAAAAUAGCUAACAACAAUAUCAUCAAGAAAACAGAAGUUGCAGGCCCAGGUUUUAUCAACAUUUGGCUCAGUGAAACAUGGGUGGCCAGUUCUGUGAAGGAGCUCCUUAUUAAGGAUGUCGAACCUCCAAAAAAUGAGGCCAAGCAAAAGAUCAUCGUCGAUUUCUCUGCUCCAAAUAUUGCGAAAGAGAUGCAUGUUGGUCAUCUUCGUUCAACUAUCAUUGGAGAAAGUAUAGCCCGUCUCUUCGAAUAUUUAGGCCAUGAUGUUCUGAGGAUAAAUCAUAUUGGUGAUUGGGGCACACAAUUUGGAAUGCUAAUUGCACAUCUUCAAGAUCGUUUUCCUGACUACGUUACAGUGUCUCCACCCAUUGCCGAUCUCCAGGCAUUUUAUAAAGAAUCCAAGCAGCGGUUUGAUGAGGAUCCUGAGUUCAAGAAACGAGCCUAUAGCUGCGUAGUGAAGCUUCAAAGUUUCGAGCCUGAAUCUACCAAGGCUUGGCAACUAAUCUGUGAUGUCUCUAGAAAAGAAUUUCAAAAAAUUUACGACAGGCUAGACAUAAAGCUAAUCGAACGCGGUGAAUCUUUCUACCAGACUCGCAUGGAAAAGUUGGCCAAACAAUUAAAAGAUAAUGGGAUCUUGGAAGAAGAUGACGGCAGGUAUGUGCUGUGGGGUCUAAACAAAUCAAUAACAAUACCAAUGAUAGUGAUCAAAUCUGACGGAGGAUUCACAUAUGACACAUCAGAUCUAGCAGCUCUAAAACAAAGAAUAGAGGAGGAAAAGGCUGAGCGGAUCAUUUAUGUAACCGAUCAAGGCCAGGAAACUCAUUUCAUGCUACUGAAAAGCUGUGCAGAAAAAAUAGGCUAUUAUGAUCCAUCCAAAGUACGAUUCGAUCAUGUUGGUUUCGGGGCAGUCCUAGGAGAAGAUAAGAAGAAAUUUAAAACCCGGUCUGGAGAAUCAGUUCGUCUCAUAGAUCUUCUAGAUGAAGGAAUCAAGCGUGCCGAAGCCAAAUUAGAAGAGAAGGGAAGGCGAGAGGACAUGACCCCAGAAGAAUUUGACAUAGCCAAAACUGCAGUAGCUUAUGGAUGCAUCAAAUAUGCAGAUCUAUCACAUAACCGAGUUCAUGAAUAUGUGUUCUCCUUUGAUAAGAUGUUGGAUGACAAAGGUAACACUGCUGUCUAUCUCUUGUACGCUUACACCAGGAUUCGUUCAAUAGCCCGUAAUGCCAAAAUGACCCCAGAACAGUUGAAGUCAGCCAUUGAAACUACAGCAGUUGCUGUCGAACAUGAGAAAGAGUGGAAAUUAGCGAAGAUUUUACUGAAGUUCUAUGAGGUCAUAGAUACUAUUAAUGAUGACCUUUGCCCUCACCAUCUCUGUGAAUAUUUAUACGAUGUUGCCUGUUGUUUUACUGAGUUCUAUGACAAAUGUUAUUGCAUCGAAAAGGAUUCUACCGGUGAAAUUAAAGUUGUACAUACCAAUCGUAUCCUUCUGUGUGAGGCGACAGCUCAAGUCAUGUCUAAAUGUUUCCAUCUCUUAGGUUUAAAAACCGUCUCCAAGAUGUGAAAUGAAGAUUUACCUUCAAUGAAUUAUUGAGCAGCUAGUUUCACCUCUUCUUCAUCAAGCCUCUUCUCAAACAUCUCCUUAUUUAUUUAGACCAAAAAUAAAUUGAAUUCAGUUUUGGACUCGA